UCAAGUUGCAAAGAAAGUAUUACCAAUAGUCAGUUGAAGUUGGAAAAGAAUUACUGCAAUCUGAAAUAUUUGGGGAUUAUUUAUACAUCUUUGGAGGAAAAUGGCAUCUAAUCUGUAUGAGGAUUCGGGUUCCAGCCUGGUGCUUGUUGAGAAACGACCCCCCAGUCGUAUGGACAUCAAACCCCAGUACAUCCACCAUAUCGCCCAGCUUCCGCCCCCGCCUGAAAUAACAAACUCCGUCCCCAGAAAAAGUGCCAAAGAUAAAUGUGUUAACGUGAUGAUAACAGGCCUGUGCUGUCUACUGUUACUCCUGAUCAUCAUUGCCAUCCUGCUUGGUUACUACUUUUCUUCCUCUUGUGUCCAUGGGCUGCAGUGUGGAGAUGGCAGUUGCGUGUGGGAGUCCCAGUGGUGUGAUGGGGUGGUAGACUGUCGGGGGGGGCAGGACGAAGCUGACUGUGUGCGGGUGCAUGGGUCAGAUUUCCUCCUUCAGAUCUACAGCCCUCAGAGUAAGAGCUGGAGGACGGUGUGUGCUCACGGCUGGACAGACCUGCAGGGCAAGGCCAGCUGCCAGCAGAUGGGAUUCAGCAAGAACACGUAUUAUAAAUCAGAACAGCAGAUGUCAAACAGUAGUGAUGGAUUUCUGGUUGUUAAGGCUGAUAUUAAACCUGACACUUUCAUUGUAAAACAGCUUAUUCAUAGUGAAACCUGUUCCAACAACAGUGUGGUGACCUUGCACUGUACAGACUGUGGCAUUGGUCUGAACUCCAGUAGCAGCAGACAGCAGGCGGCACCCAGCUCAUGGCCCUGGCAGGUCAGUUUGCAGAUAGAAGGUACACACCGCUGUGGAGGAGCACUCUUCUCCCCCUACUGGAUACUCACAGCAGCACACUGUGUGAUCAGGCUGCCUUCCCCGCAGAGCUGGCAGGUGUAUGCUGGAAUAGUGGGAGACUUAGAGACUCUGUUCAACCCAGUACACAGCGUGAGCGCCAUCCUCCCCCACCAGGACUAUGAUCCAGUCAUACAACAAAAUGACAUCGCUCUCGUGAAGCUGGCUAAUCCUCUGGAUGUGACAGGUUCCAACAAUAUUCGACCAAUAUGCCUCCCCACUGUGGGCUUAAAUAUUGCAGAUUCACAGUCAUUCUGGAUAACGAAAUUUGGUUACAACUUAAAUGGAGAUGUACUGAGCCUAUUAGAAGCCCAGGUGUCACUUGUGGACAGUGCAGAGUGCUCCUUUGAUUACAACAGCCGAGUGACAAAGCACAUGAUGUGUACCAGUGAGAAGGACACGGCCAUAGACCGCUGCCUGACUGACAGCGGUGGGCCCCUCAUGUCCUUGUUGGAUGGCAGAUGGUGGCUGCUAGGAGACAAUCUUUGGGGUAGACACUGCACUGAAGACUAUAAACCAGAUGUUUAUGCCAACGUCACCUUCUACUUGGACUGGAUCUACUCUAAGAUGAAGAAACAUCAAAAUGACUAAUUCAAGUAAAGAACUAAACUAAAUACAGUGUUGAAAAUGAAACUUAUUUAUUCAAAUGUAUAUUGAAAUGUAUAUUGAA